UCUAAAUUUUCUUCUUCUUUUGAAUCGAUCAAUCUCUUUCUUUUCUUUCAUCACUCUCUAUAUUCUUUUGUUUGUUUUCCAAGGAUUUUUCAUCUUGAAAAACUUGAAUUCUGUGUUGAAAUAUUUUGAUAUUUUGACUAUGGAAGAACCGAUUGUUGUUAACAAAGGUGAAGAACAAGUUCUGGAUUUGCCUCCGGGUUUCAGAUUCCACCCAACAGAUGCUGAGAUAAUAGUUUGUUAUCUCACAGAAAAAGUGAAGAACAGCAGAUUCAGUGCAACUGCUAUAGGUGAAGCUGAUUUGAACAAGUGUGAGCCUUGGGAUUUACCAAAGAAAGCAAAGAUGGGAGAGAAAGAAUGGUACUUUUUUUGUCAGAAGGAUAGAAAAUAUCCAACUGGGAUGAGGACUAAUAGAGCAACGGAAUCUGGUUACUGGAAAGCUACCGGUAAGGAUAAGGAGAUUUAUUACAAAGGAAAGGGUAACCUUGUUGGAAUGAAGAAGACUCUUGUGUUCUAUAGAGGAAGAGCUCCCAAAGGGGAGAAAACUAAUUGGGUUAUGCAUGAAUUCAGAUUAGAAGGCAAAUUCGCAACUCUAAAUCUCCCUAAAGCUGAAAAGGAUGAAUGGGUUGUGUCAAGGGUUUUUCACAAGAACACAGAUGUGAAAAAGCCACAAAUUUCUGGACUUUUAAGGAUAAACUCAAUUGGUAAUGAUGAUCUUCUAGAUUAUUCUUCACUUCCACCUCUCAUGGAUCCUUCCUACACAAACGAUGAUUACAAGGGAAUUAGUAUUUCUACUAAUCAACAAAUUUCAUCAUCCACUAAACCACAAUCCGACGGCUAUUAUCUUCCGAGCUUCUCCAUCAACAAUCAACAACAACUAAUCAAGCCAGAAGAGAAUUACCAUAGAAUAAUAAACUAUGAUCUUCAUGAGAUGAAUCCAACCAUGAUGAACUACACUUCCAAUCUCAACAACCCAAUCGGAAACACACUCUCGCAGUCGCAACCACAGCUCCGGCUCCAAAAUCCAAACAUGAACUACUUCAUGUAUCAAAAUAGGAUGAUCCAAGGUUCCAUUCCAGCAUUUGGAAACAACAAUGAGUGCAAAAUGGAACAGUUCUCUUCAAAUCAAUCACAAGAUACCGGUCUCAGCAACGACACAUCAUCGGCUGUAUCGAAACAAGAUAUCGGAAGAAAUAGGGCAUCAUUGUAUGAAGAUCUUGAAGGUCCUUCCUCAGUUGCACCUCUCUCAGAUUUGGAAGGUUUUUGGGACUAUUAAAGAUGAAGAAUUAAUCUCGAAAAUGAAGAGGAAUUGAAGAUAUUAAUAGCUAGUUUGCGAUCCAUAGUUUUUUAUCUUGGGAUCAUAAGCAUUAUAGAUAUAUAGUAGUUGCAUAUCAUAUAUAAGUUCUUGCUUGUUUUUAUUAUAAACAUACUGAUUUAUUUAUAUUUAUAUUUAUAUAUUAUAAACAUAUGAUACAUUAUUAUUAGGCGUUACACAGGAAAGUUCAUGGAUAUACAUAUACUGUAUAGAUUUAUGAUAAUAUCCAAGACUUUUCAGUGGUAAGUAGUUUAUAAUUAUUAUUAUGAUUCAUAGAUUUUAUCGAGAUCAGGACUUGAAAAAUCAUGUACAUCUAUAUUCUUUUGUUAUAUUGAUGGGUUUGUUUUAUUCA